UUUUGAGGUCUAAUUUAACAUUUGUUGGCUGUCAGUCACAUAAGAACAGAUAUGUUAGCUAGUUAAAUGUUUAUGGGAUAAAUAAAAGAAGAGACCGGUUUAAAGUUUAAACAUAUACGAUCUAUGGCUGGUUUCAAACAAUACAAAUAUGCUUAAUUGAGGUUAAUUAACUACCGGGCACUGUGGGCGUGGACAAGACAGUUGGUGUGAGAGAAGACCCUACAGAGGUUUCGUCCAAAAAAUUACACAGUACUGUGCCAGUCUGUUUACCAAGAUGGCAGAUGCCGAGUCAGUCAAAAAGAUGCUGCGAUCUGUCCUUCAGUCCAGAAAAGGUGGCGUGUCUAUUAACAACCUUCAGUCAGAGUACUGGUCUCUGUGUGGAGAGUUCAUCCCACUGAAAAAGCGGGGCUUCUCAAAGCUGGAGGACUACCUCAGAAGUAUUCCUUCUGUUGUGAAUCUAGAAUAUCACAUGGGUCAGUUGCAAUGCGUAGCUGCAGUGUGUGAGGAGACGAUUCACAUUGCCAAACUGGUUGCCAAGCAAAAGAACUUGAAGAAAUGUGGUCGCUCCCAGGUUGUCAACUCCAAGAUGAGAUUCAAGCUUUCCAGCCCAUACAUGCUCAAUGCGAAGCCAAGGACCUCUCUCCGCCAACCCUCAGCUCGUAGUGCAUCUAAUUCACUGGAAAACCGUUCUUGGCCCCGUGGUGGCCAUAGUGGUUUCAGUGCCUCUGGGGACUACAGAAUGUUGGACCAAAAUUUAAGCUCUAUCACACCAGUUGAACACAGACAACCAGCUCCUCAAUCGGCUCUAAAACCAGUGAAUGGUAGACCAAACAGGAGGGAGAUGAACCUGGCAAACUGCGAGAACUCCAGAGAGGUGAUGCUAGAACAAGUAUCCAUGCCCAGCCAAUCCCAGGUUAGCGUGUAUGACGUGGAGCUAGUGCAGAGCCGAAUAACUCAGCUCCUGCAGAAGUAUUGCAGUGGACUGUGGAUAUCAAAGCUACCAGAAGUCUACUGUUCUAUGUUCGGUCAGAACCUCCAUCCUCAGGUGCUCAGAGACAUGGAAAAGUGGCCACAAGUGUGUAUGGUGGAGCAACCUUCUACCAAUCAAGCUGAACAGCUGGUCUACCCUCCCCUGCCUCUCAAAACAUCUCCUGUCCUUGUAAAGAGCACCACCAGCAGUCCACGACCAUCACCCAACAAUUCAAACACUAUCAGAACACCCUUUUCUUCAUGUUGGUCAACAUCUGAAAACCCUUCUACACCUCCCCUCCCUUCUCCAAUUCCUGAGCCUACACCCUGUCCUCCCUCAAAAUUGUGCACUGUCGUCUCAGCUGAGGUGCGUCAGAGAAUAAAGGAGCCUUCCAAGUACAGUCAGGGGUCUGUGGGCCAUGCUUUGCCCAGACUUUUUAUGGACACAUACAAGGUGCUUCCUGAGCAUGUUCUGGACAACCUGUCUCUUUUGCUGGACAUAUGCAAUGUGGAGUACCCUUUGCCCCAUGACAAAGAAAGAGAGGCCAUCCUCUAUAAGUCGAGCAGAGCAGACAUGAAACCCACAGACAGCCAAGAAAACCAGCAGUGCAUAAGCCAUCCUCCUUCGUGUGAAGGUCUGAGUUCUGUGGUUCCUCCCUCUUUGGUUCUUCCUUUAGAGCAAUAUCCAUCAGUGCUGGUUAAAGUCAAGACCACUAAUGCUGUUACUAUAAGGUAUGUAGGUGAGAAUUACUCGAACGCCCAGGAAGCCAUGGAGGAUGCCAUGCAUUCCUUCUACAUCCAAAGCUCCACGCAGCACCCUGUGUCUAAUCCUGUAGUUGGCCAGCUUGUAGCAGUCAGAGGGGAGGAUGGAGAUGAGCUGGCUAGAGGACUAUUAGAGGUUAUAGGCCCCAACAAGGUGAAGGUUUACUACAUGGACUAUGGCUUCUCUGUAGAGACUAACAUGACUAAUCUGCUGGAGCUGGACAAGAACUUUCUUUCUCUGCCCUUUCAAGCCACCAAUGUUCGGCUUGCAGGCCUAGAGGGAUUCAGCUCCCAUCCAUUGAUGCUGUCGCUUAUGGAUAAUCUGGCAGUUGGAAAGAUCCUGCUAAUGGAAACAUUAGAACCAUGUCAGAAUGAAGUGCCUACAGCAGUACUUUAUGAUACUUCACUGGAUGAUGAUGUCAACAUCAACUCCACCUGCCUGAAAGCUCUACAGGACAAGACCAUGAACAACCCUCUGACUGUAAAUGCUACCUAUCAGGAUGUAUCUGUCACAAGUGUGUGUCCAGAUGGCAUCUUGUACUGCCAGCUGCCUUCUCGUGGAACUACAAGACUGAGCACGUUAUUGAAGGAAACAGAGGCCCACUUCAUUUCCCAGAUGACGUCUGAUUUCUUGGUUUCCAGACCCUUCAGUGGCAAGUUCUGCCUAGCUCGCCACAAGGAAAAUUCCAGAGUGGAGAUCACCAACAUGUACGGUAGCAGAGUGAUGGAAGUUCUCUUCAUUGACAUUGGUGUCUCAGCAACACUAGAACUCACUGAUCUUCGAGAGAUCCCCCCUCUUCUUUUGAAAGAGUUCGCCAUCAUCCCACCACAGGCUAUUAAGUGUCGCCUAGCUGACCUUCCUGUUCCAGAGGGAGACUGGAGCCCAGAGGCCAUUCUGUGGGUGAAGGAGGCUGUUAUGGGCUCUGAAGCCUGUAAAAUGAAGAUCUUGAAAUUAGACCAGGAGAAAGGGGGCAAGCUGGUCCAUAUGUAUCUUUUCAUUGGCACUGACAGCGAGGAGUUGGACGAGAGCAUCAACCAUCAGUUGGCCCAGUCAGAGUUGUGGAAGAAAGUCACAAUGCAGAACAACAAUAUAAUCACCAGUUGCAGUGUGAACACAGUGGAGAGGUGGUCUCUCAAAAGCCCGAUCAGAAACCCCACAGAACCCACUAUGAUGGAUUUGUCGCAGUCAUGCCUCAGAGCACAAGGAGAUGCCACCACCAAAACUCAGAUGAGGCUACUUCAGCUGCCACCUCCACUGAAUCUCCCUCAGCCUGGUCAGAACAUGGAUGUGUUUGUACCAGUGGCGUGCAACCCUGGUUACUUUGUCCUGCAGCCUUGGCAUGACCUGCAUAAGCUGGUGGUGUUGAUGGGGGAGAUGAUGCUUUAUUACAACCAGGCAGGGAAGACGAGCCCAACCACUGACAUCCAGAAAGGACAGGUCUAUGCUGCCAAAAUAGACAAAAAUUGGCACCGUGUGAAGGUGAAGGGGAUUCUGGCCAACAGCUUGGUUUCUGUCUACGAGUUGGACUACGGUAAACAUGAGCUGGUCCACGGUGCACUCAUCAGGCCCUUAAUAGAGGAAUUCAGACAGCUGCCCUUCCAAGCUGUCACUGCACAACUGGCAGGUGUCAAACAGCACCAAUGGUCUGGGGAUGCCUCCGUGUUGUUCAGAAACCACGUGGAGAAUCGAGCACUGGUCGCAGUGGUGGACAACGUGCAGGAUGUGUGCGUGGUCAAAGGUGAGCCGUGGGAGUGCAGGUUGACAGUUUACCUGGUGGACACCGCAGUGGACGACAAGGACCUUUGGAUUCACACCAUUAUGACUGUGAUUGAUACUGAGCGGUCUUCAGCUGCCUAGAAUGUGAUCACACUAUAAAUAAUCAUUUUAAUGUUUGGUGGGGUCACAGUACUGAAGAUGUUCUUUUGUUACUUAAUAGAAUUUGAGGCCAAUAAUAAGCAGUUGAAACAAAACUUUUUGGAGGCCAGAAAUUUAAAACCGUAACCUCUAUAAGUGAUUACUUUUUUUUUUUUUUUUAAUGAAACAAACCUAUUUGACUUUUGACUAUUUCUUCUUUCUAGUUAUAAGCCACAUCUGUGUUCAUUGUGUGUUUUUGUGUUUGAAUAUUUUAUAACUUCCUCCAUUGUUUACUGUUUGCUGUACUUAAUGCAUGUAGUAGAGUCAGUCUCUACACUUGGUGUACACAUUCAACAACUUUGCUGUGUUAGGAACAUCUUGUAUAUUAUUUCUCGGGUUGUUUUGCUUUGCUAAAAGCUUCUUGUAUACUUGUCCAGUGUUGUUGCAGCAUUAAAAAAGGUGUUCUAUUAAAAC